AUGCUUGAAAGAACAAUAUUGCUCAAACUCUAUUUGACAACAUAUACCAAUCAUUUACAAAAUACCAAUCAAGAAAAUUAUAUUAGUGACUUAGCAUGGAAUAAUAUAGAAAUAUACCGAGAAUUUCUGGAACCAUUUAAUUUUGCUACAGAAAUGGCCUCAUGUGCUAAUACUCCAUCAAUUUCAACAAUUAUUCCUUUAUAUUCCAGUAUUUUUGAGCAUGUGAAGAGUUAUAAUAAUAAUCCUAAUGCUAUUUUAAAGACAGCUUCUUUAGCUGCCUUAACAAAACUUAAUAAAUACUAUAAUUUUAAUAAACACCUCUUUAUUAUUUCAACAAUGAUUGACCCAAGAUUUAUACUAUCAAGUCAUUUAUUAAAGCAUAAUAAUAUGGAAACUCUUAUUGAAUAUCUUAAUGAAUACAAUAUUUAUAAAAUAAAUAAUAACAAUUCAGCGGAACUUACAAAUGAAGCACAAAAUAACAAAGAAUUGUCCUUUUAUGACAAAAUUUAUCAGGUGAAACCUCAUAAUAAUAACAACUUAGAAAUAAGUAAAUACAUAGAUGAAGCCACAAUUUCCAAUGAUACAAAUCCAUUAGAUUGGUGGAAAUUAAAUAAAAAUAGAUAUCCAGUAUUAUCAAAAAUUGCCAGAGAUUAUCUAGCAAUUCCGGCCACCUCAUCUAGCUCUGAAAGGACUUUUUUAGAAGGACUGUAUGUUAUAACAGACCAACGUUGUUCACUAGAUGAGCAUUCUAUACAAGCUUGCCUGUGCCUAAAAUGUUGA